CUCAUUGGUGGGCUGUCCAGCCAAUCAAAGUGUAACCCGGAGAUGACGUAUGGACGCCAAGAUGGCGUCAGAUUCAAACGUCUCUCUGAGUUUAUAAAAGUUAAUUUAACGUCUCAUGAAUAUUAAUUAAUAUUAAUCAGCUCGAGGCUCUGUCGCUCAUUAACGUGUUUAAUAACGAACACGUUCAUGUUGAAUAUUGACUGUGAACCGUCGGCUGGCAACGCAACACCAGCAACCAGGCAACCGGCAACCAAGCAACCGGCCAGGCAACCGGCGUCCCCCCGGUACAACAGCAGCCACAGCCCGCAGACAGUCACCGUGAGCGGCUAACGGCAGCAGACAGGCCGGAGCUAUGCAGACACAAGCAGCGGAGCGGAGGACACAGCAUGGCCGGGGAAGGCGUCCCGACAGCGGGCAGGACCGAGCAGAGCAGCGGGGGAAACAACCGAGAGCCGCGGGAAGCUGUGCGAGAAGAUCCGAGCAGGAGACGGCAAGGUGGGCGGAGACAGUUGUCACCAGGCAACAGAGACACCAUCAGACAGGAAGAGGAGGAGACGAGGAGGAGGAGCCAGAGAGAGGACGGAGGAGGAGCAGGAGCCGCGGUGAUGCAGGAGGGAGGAGCAGGAGGGCGGCGUCUGAAGGGGUGGAGCAGUCGGAGAGGCUCAGGUGGAGACUCCAUCAGCUGGAGAGGGAGAGACUGGAGCUGACGUCCAACCACAACCAGGAGCUGUGCCGGCUGCAGGCGGAGCUGACCCGGCUGAGGGCCUCGGUGGAGCGAGGAGAAGCUCAGCGGGUGGAGCUGCAGUACCAGCUCACGGUGAGCCGGAGAGACGCCGAACGAGCUUCUGAGCUCAGCAGAGACAAACACAAGCUGACAGAGCGAGGGGCGGAGCUCCAGCAGACGGUGGAGGAGCUGCAGAAAGCUCUGAACAUCACCCGGCAAGCCAGGGAGGAGGACCAGCAUGCUUUGCAGCAGGAGGUGGAGGAGCGCGACAAGCUGAUUCAGAGCUUCAGCUCGGAGAACCAACGACUGCACCUCCUGCUGCAGGACCAGGAGGAGGCUCUGGAGGAGUCUGAGAGGAGGAUGAUGGAGCUGCAGAGGGAGAGAGAGAAGGAGGCCGAGGUGAACAGACGACAAGCCAACGAGAUGAAGUACCUGACGGAGAGAGAGGAGACGAGCAGGAGGGAGAAGGAGCUCUCUGAUCAGAGGGUGAAGUGUUUGGAGUCGAGUGUGGAGGUGGAGCGAGCCGCUCACCUGGAGUCAAAGUUCAACUCUGAGAUCGUCCAGUUGCGUGUUCGGGACCUGGAGGCGGCACUGGCGGUGGAGCGGUCCGUUCAGCAGGAGGCGCAGUGCAGCGCGGAGCUGCUGAGAGAGAGGAGCGACGCCACUGAGCGCGCUCUGCAGCGGCUGCAGGCGGAGUCCGACCAGCUGAGCGUCGCCUUGGAGACGGAGAGGAAGAUGACCUCUGACCUCACAGGAAGUCUGGACGAUGAGAAGAGACGCCACGCCGACACACACACACUGCUGGAGCAGGUAACUCAGAGACAGUCUGCUGCAGAGGACGCCAUCAGAGACAUACUGCAGCUACACACAGGUGCUUGUCCUCAAGCAAAGGAUUAUGGGAGUCCUCCUGAUGUUGUGCAGCUGUUGAAGACGACUCUGAACACCUGGAGACAUAGAUUGGAGGCCACUGACACACAGCUCCAGGAUCUGCUGUGUGUGUCAGAGCGGCUGCAGGUGGAGAACACGACGCUCCGUCAGCUGACCUCAGAUCAGAGCACACAGCUGCAGGAAGAACGACAACUGACCGCCAGGCUGGAGGAGGAAGUGACACGCCUUCGCCAGGAGAGCACCGAUUGGUCGACACAGAGCCGAGGACUGAAGGCGGAGCUGGAGAGGGAGCGGGAGAGAGAGAAGGAGAGGAGGGAGAGAGAGGAGGAGAGGGAGAGAGAGAAGGAGGAGAGGGAGAGAGAGAAGGAGAGGAGGGGGAGAGAGAAGGAGGAGAGGGAGAGAGAGGAGGAGAGGGAGAGAGAGAAGGAGAGGGAGAGAGAGAAGGAGGAGAGGACAGCAGAAGUGGAGAAGAUGGCCGAACGCCACCAGAGAAAGUCGGAGGCCCAGCUGUCCUUCCUCUACUGCAUUUACCAGCGCCUGCUGGCUGGCUGCGUCCUCCUCCAUCAACCCCAGAGCAUCAUGGGUAAUUUCACCUGGGAGGAGCUGUGUGAUGUCAUCAGCGAACACCUUGAUCAGCUGACCUCCGACCUCCAGAAGGCCAACAACAAGAUCGCCCACCUGCAGAGUGUGUGUGACAAGAAGAGUGUGUGUGUGCGCAGGCUGCAGCACAGUCAGGAGUGUGUGUUGUCUCGUCUGGAGGAAAGCGUGAGGAGGAGGGAGGAGGCGUGGAGCAGCCGACACACACACACAGUGACACAGCUGCAGAACGAGCUGCAGGUGACACACACACACACACACACACACACAUACACACACACACACACUGUGACACAGCUGCAGAAUAAGUUGCAGGUGACGCACACACACACACACACACACACACACUGUGACACAGCUGCAGGUGACGCACACACACACACACUGUGACACACACACACACACACACACAAACUGUGACACAGCUG